GUCGAGAAGGCUCGCUUUCCGGUUGAAAAUAGAUGUCAGAUUAAGGAGAAAUGUCAUGUAUAAAGACCCCCUCUUCCUCCUCCACCAAUCUUUCUUUUCACCACCAUCCUCAUCAAUUCACUCCUCCACAUUUCCACUACCACCAAUCCACUUCAUUCUUUAGUCUUUAGAUCCACCACAUUCUUUAAGCUUUAGCUUUAACAAAACCCUCACCUAAUCAAUCAAAAUGGUCUCAAUCAAGUCCCUCGCUAUUCUCCUCUUCGCUGCCGCUGUCACCGCGAUCCCCGUCGCUGGUGGCGAGCACCACGACGGUCACGACGGUCACAACGUCAAGGUCCAUGACAACAGCAAGGUCUGCCCAGAGCAGAACCAGGAAAUUUACUGCUGCAAUGACGCCCAAAAAAGCGGGGACAUCGGUUCCAAAACUAGCAUCUUGGAUGGGCUUAAGGUCAAGUGCAACAACGUGCCCGUCAAUGUCCUUGCUGGUGAGUAGCCUCUUCCUCUUGGAUGUUGGUGCGAGCAAAUCUAAUGAAGGGAAUAACAGUCGACGUGCUCUCGGGUGCCAGCCAGUGCAGCGGUAAGGCUGCUUGCUGUUCUAGCAACAAUAAGCAGGUAUGCUUCUUUCACCGAUGAAUGCUUUGGGGGGCGGGGGAGACGGAUCGUAGCUGACCGAUGUUUCCAGAAUGGUGUUGCCAAUGUCGACCUUGGUUGUAUCGCUCUCGCAGGUCUCAACUAAGAGAUCUUCGAUGUCCGUACAAGAUUAUUAGAAGGACGGGUAUGCGAAGGAUCUGGUACGAAAUGAUGGGUGCAGAUGAAA